GCCAGCGUUUCUGGCGGCGCGAACUUUCUCGUUUCAGCCCUAUCCAGAUCUCUCCACGUAUAAACCCUCCAACCCAUUCUCCGGGGGGGGACCCAAACUUUCGACCGAGCAAACCAACGAAGCGCCAUGAGUCGCGGCACCGGAGCCGGUUAUGAUCGGCACAUCACCAUCUUCUCCCCCGAGGGCCGGCUCUACCAAGUCGAAUAUGCGUUUAAAGCCGUGAAGGCUACUGGGAUCACGUCAAUCGGAGUCCGAGGGAAGGACUCCGUGUGCGUCGUCACUCAGAAGAAGGUCCCGGACAAGCUAUUGGAUCAGACGAGCGUCACGCAUCUCUUUCCGAUCACUAAGUACCUCGGACUGUUAGCAACUGGGAUGACAGCUGAUGCAAGGUCUUUAGUCCAUCAAGCCAGGAAUGAAGCAGCUGAGUUUCAUUUCAAAUGGGGAUAUGAGAUGCCUGUGGAUGUAUUAGCCAAGUGGAUAGCUGACAAAUCUCAAAUAUAUACCCAGCAUGCCUAUAUGAGGCCUCUUGGAUUAGUUGCUAUGAUCUUGGGUAUUGAUGAAGAGAAAGGACCUCAACUCUUAAAAUGUGACCCAGCUGGACAUUUCUUUGGACACAAGGCAACGAGUGCUGGCGUGAAAGAGCAAGAAGCAAUCAACUUCUUGGAGAAGAAAAUGAAGAAUGAUCCUAAAUUCUCGUAUGGGGAAACUGUGCAGACUGCAAUAUCUGCUCUGCAAUCAGUUAUCCAGGAGGAUUUCAAGGCCACUGAGAUUGAGGUUGGGGUUGUGAGGACAAAAGAUCCAGUUUUUAGAGUGCUAUCAACAGAGGAGAUUGAUGAGCACCUGACAGCAAUCAGUGAACGUGAUUGAGAGGAGUCGCUCAAUCUGCUUUCUGUAGACCCAGAGGACUUAAUUCUUUAGCCUUGGGUCACAGCUGUUUAGUUAUUGGAUGGGGAUUACUGCAGUUCACUUGAUCCAUUCCUUUAUCAUUUUAGUGUAAACUUGAAUUGCAUGCUUGCGAGCUGCCCAUAUUAGAUUCAAAUCAAGGAAUUCUAUUCUUGAGUAUUUUGGUAUGGCUUUUAACUCUACAUAACAUUGAUGUUGUCAUUUCACACGUCUUCCUGCAAACGUGGGUUAGUAA